AAAAGAGAACGUCAAAAUACGUUUUUUAGGUUUUCGUAUUAACAACGUUUUGCGUGGUUUAUUUAACAAUUUUCACUAAAUUAUUAUUAAAAAAUGGAUGCUCGACCAAAUCAAACAAUUUACAUUAAUAAUCUUAAUGAAAAAAUUAAGAAAGAAGAACUCAAAAAGUCGUUGUACGCCAUUUUCUCUCAAUUCGGGCAAAUUCUAGAUAUUGUGGCGCUAAAAACGCUUAAAAUGCGUGGUCAAGCGUUUGUGAUUUUUAAAGAAAUUGCAAGUGCAUCGAAUGCGCUCCGUACUAUGCAGGGAUUUCCGUUCUAUGAUAAACCAAUGCGCAUUGCUUACUCAAAGUCAGAUAGCGACAUAGUGGCCAAGAUAAAGGGUACAUUCAAAGAGCGUCCCAAGAAAGUCAAACCACCAAAGCCGGCACAAACCACAGAAGACAAAAAAGAUAAAAAGAAGAAGACGUCAAAUGCUGAAAAUGCGAAUCCAAAUACACAAACUGAACAACCACCAAACCAAAUUCUUUUCCUCACCAAUUUGCCGGAAGAAACAAAUGAAAUGAUGCUUUCCAUGUUGUUCAAUCAAUUCCCUGGCUUCAAAGAGGUGCGUUUAGUGCCAAACCGUCACGACAUUGCCUUCGUAGAAUUCGCCACCGAAUUACAAAGUAAUGCUGCGAAGGAGGCACUGCAAGGCUUCAAGAUAACGCCGUCACAUGCUAUGAAGAUCACAUUUGCCAAAAAGUGAGAGUUUAAUCACGGGCUAAAAGUGUUUAGAGGUAUAUACACGGUAGAUAUACAUAAAUUUAACUUAGCACUAGCAUUUUUUUUAUUUGGUAAACUUCCAUACGUGGAAUUCCAGCAUGUGAAUAAACUUUUCCAAUAUAAAAUAACAAUAUUUUUCCUUUACCUGAACUUGAAAUGAUUGAAUUAGUAUGCUCAUGCUAUUAAAAUCACCGCCUUUGAGGAUUUUUUUGGUUUAGCAAAAGUUCAUUUAUCUCUGAAUCCAUUCAAAUAAAUGUACGUUGAAAAACAAUUUUAAUUUGGAAAUAAAGUGCAUGCCAUGCUUGGCAGAGUAAUACAA